GCCUUACUAAAAUCCAUGUAGAGCACAUUGUGUAAUUUUGAUGACCAGCACAGACACGAUGGGCCGAAGGGUACCUUUCCAUGCUGUAUAAACUCUGUGACUCUCUAGCUGCAUUAAUCUCAUCACUCCAACUUCUUAUUUCAUCAAUAAAUUCAAUCAAGUUAGUCAGACACUGUCUCUCGAUGUAGCAAUUCCAUGCUGCUAUCUUUGAUUACUUUGAGCCGAAGUAAUAGCUUAUUCUGUCUCUCAGAAAUGAAUCCAAUAAUUUUUCCUGUUGUUGAGGUUUGACUGACUGGCCUGUAAUUAUUCAGUUUAACCCUUGCUCUAUUUUUAAACAAAGUAACAACACCAGCUAUUCCCCAGUCCUGGUAGAGAGGCCUCUACAUGUACAUUAUUCUUUCCUUAGAUAUUCCCUUACACCUAAUUCAUCGAUAAUACACCUUUAGUUUCUCGAUUUUGCUUGCAGUAUUCUUUUGUGCCCUGCCUUUGGCUUUCCUAAUUUCCUUUUUUAUUUCACCCCUGUAUUCUCUCUGCUCCUCUCAGCUUUUUGCAAUUCACAUUUCUUAGUGUCUGACAUAAGCUUUUCUUUUCUGUUUUAUCUUACCCUGCAUACUCCUUGACAUCUGGGUGGAGGUCUAGAUUUGAUCAUUUCAGUCUUUUACGUUCUGGGACAUGUUUACUCUGAAUGCCUAAAUGUCCCUUUGAAUGCUACCUUCUGCUCGAACACUGAUUACCCUCAGUACCUGUUCCCGGUUCACUUUUGCUAAAUCACUCAUUAACUUAGUUAAAUUGGCCUUACCCCAAUUUAGAACUUUAACUUCUGCCCCGUUUUUCACCAUUUCCAUAAUUAUCAUAAAACUGAAUUAUGAUCAUUACGACCACAAAUGCUCCCAUUGUCACUGCUACCAGUUGCCCAGCUUCAUUUCCUAAAACUAAGAGAGGGUCGUGAGUCGAGAUGACAGUGACUGUUCUUGACAUUAAAACUGCAUUUGACCAAUUGUGGCUUCAAGGAACCUGAGCAAGACCGAAGUCAAUGGGAAUCGGAGGGAAACUUUGCAGUGUUCGGAGUCAUUACUGGCAAAAUGGAAGACAGUUGUCGUUGUUGGAGAUAUUCCUGAAUGAAUACAAUCAGGUUCCUUUCGAAGCUCUGAUCUACCUUACGGGAGAGUGUAACUAUGGUGGCCGUGUGACAGACGAUCAUGAUCGACGGCUCCUCCUCAGCCUCCUGGAGAACUUCUACUGUCAAAGUGUCAUCAGUGAUGAUUGCUACAAAUUCUCUGCCAGCGGCAUCUAUCUCAUCCCCAGGAGAAAUAGCUAUGAGAGUUAUUUGGAAUACAUAAAGCAAUUACCUCUCAAUGCAGAUCCAGAGGUCUUUGGGUUGCACGAAAAUGCAAAUAUCACGAAGGAACAGAAGGAGACACAGAGGCUUUUUGAUGGGAUCCUGAGCACACUGCCCCGAGAGGUCAGUGGAGGAGACAGAUCGUCAUCUGAGAUCGUGCAGGAACUGGCCACAGAUAUUCUAUCCAAAAUCCCAUCUGACUUUGUAAUGGAGGAUGUGAUGAAUAGAUACCCAACCAAGUACAGUGAAUCAAUGAACACAGUGCUGGUACAGGAACUGCUUCAUUUUAACCGUCUGAUAUCCAUUAUCAGAACCAGCCUGAGAGACAUCAAUAAAGCAAUUCAAGGUUUGAUUCUCAUGUCCAGCCAGCUUGAAGAUAUCUUCAACAGCAUGAUUGUAGGCAAAUGUCUUGAUGCAGCUCUGUUUGUGUAUGGUGGUCUGGUUUCUAUUGAAGUGAAGGAUUUAGUCCGUGUGUGUGGCCUUCCUGUAUACUUGGGUCCGGGAUUUGCCAUUAGUCAGUCUCUCUACCAUUACAUCUAA